GCGCUUGGUUUUGUAAACCUAAAGGUCUAGGGUUCGAACCCGCCUGUCGCCCACUCAUUUUAUUUUGCUUGUAUUUACUCGUACUAAUUUAUAAUAUUGUUUUUAAUUUUAUUUUGACAAAUUUAAAAUUUUUCUUUUCAUCUAUUCUCCCAUUUUUUGUUAUUUUUCCACACAUAUUUUCUCUUUAAAAAUAGAUAUAAAUAUUAUUUUUAUGCAAAUAAUAAAGCGCUAUAAAAGGAAAGGCGACCAAGCAUUGAAAAGCCGCUUUAGAAUUGAGGGGGGAAUCUCUUUCAAAUCGUACAACAACCACUUUUAUUCUGUCCUUUUUUUUUAUUUUUUUUCUUCCAAUUUUGAGAGAUUAGCAUUCUCAAUUGCCCCCAGAACAAUUAAAAAUGUUUUUCAUUAA